AUGCUCUCUAAUAAAGCAGCACCAACGAUUAAAGGGGAUCAGAUCGGGUCAUGGAAAUUAGGAGAGACUUUAGGUUUUGGAAGCACUGGUAAAGUUCAAUUGGCAUACAAUAAAAACUUGAAUAAACAUGCAGCUAUCAAAAUUAUAUCUAAAGCGAUCUUUAAAUCCCAGGCUCUAACAGAUAGCAGUAAUAAUAACAGUAAUAACGGUAAAGAGAGUUAUUUUGCCCAGAGUAGUACUCCUGAUUCUUUACCUUAUGGAAUCGAACGUGAAAUUAUCAUUAUGAAGUUAUUGAACCAUCCAAAUGUUUUAAGAUUGUAUGAUGUUUGGGAGACUAAUAGUAAUCUUUAUAUGGUUUUAGAAUACGCAGAAAAAGGUGAAUUGUUUAAUUUAUUGGUAGAACGCGGUCCAUUACCUGAAAAUGAAGCUAUCAGAUUUUUUAGACAAAUUAUUAUCGGAAUAUCGUACUGCCACGCAUUAGGUAUAGUUCACAGAGAUCUUAAACCCGAAAAUUUGUUGCUGGAUAAUAAGUACAAUAUUAAGAUUGCGGAUUUUGGCAUGGCUGCAUUAGAAACUGAAGAUAAAUUAUUAGAAACAUCUUGUGGUUCGCCUCAUUAUGCAGCACCUGAAAUCGUUUCAGGUAUCCCAUACCAUGGUUUUGCCAGUGAUGUUUGGUCUUGCGGUGUCAUAUUAUUUGCUUUACUAACUGGUAGAUUACCUUUUGAUGAAGAAGAUGGAAAUAUUAGAAAUCUGCUAUUAAAAGUACAAAGUGGUCGUUUUGAAAUGCCAGACAAUGAUGAAAUCUCUAAUGAAGCACAAGAUUUGAUCGGUAAGAUACUUGUUGUGGACCCCAAGAAAAGAAUUAGUGCCCGCGAUAUACUAAAACAUCCUUUAUUACAAAAAUAUCCAUCCAUUAAGGAUUCUAAGAGUAUUAGAAAUUUACCUCGUGAAGAUACAUAUUUACACCCAUUAGCAGAGACAAAUUCUAUAGUAGAUGAAAACAUUUUACAAAAUUUAAUUGUUUUAUGGCAUGGUAGAAACGGGGAUGAGAUUAAAGCAAAAUUGACUGAGCCAGGUGCAAAUGCAGAAAAAACACUCUACGCUCUCUUAUAUAGAUUUAAAAUGGAUGCAGAACAAGAAAACUUAAAGAAUGAACAUAUAAGAAAAAGACAAUCAGUAACGUCACCAAGCAUUGCCAAUAAUCAAAAUUCUCAAAAUAAUAGUAGUUUCAACAACAGAAGUCCAAAUAAAAAUAUGUCUACUCCACAAAGAAGGAAAAAUAGAGCAUCAAUGAUCAGUGUUGGAUCAUCACAUAAAAGACCUAUUUCAUACAUCAAAGUACCCUCGGGCACAAGCCUGUCUUCUGUAAAUCUUGUAUCAUCUUCUUCUGCUAACCGUGGAAAGAAUCAUUCAAAGAGAUUAUCUAAAAUGUCCACUUCCAAUAAUGAAUCACCUACCCCAGCUUCAAGAAAUAGAAGACUUUCCAAAAUUAAAUCUGACAGAUAUUCAAUAAUAGUGAAUAGUAAUACUAAUAAUAGAUCACAGCACAAGAAUGGAAAGAAGACCGCCAGGAAUAGUAAAAGAAUAUCAAUGCUACCAAAUAUGAAACGUGGGUCUAUCACCACAAAAUUACUUGCUACUUAUACAAAACUUUCUGAAGACGACGAGUGGGAAUAUAUUGAACAGGAGACAAAGAGAACAAGCUCUGAUUUUGCCACACUUAUCGAUGAAAUCUUUGAACAUGAGAAAUAUGAACAACUACGAAAAGAAAAGGAGGAGCUAGCUAAAAAAGUUAGAGAAGCUAAAGAACGUGAAGAAGCUGAAAGAAAAAGACAGGAAGAGGAAAAAAGACUAAAACAACUUGAAUUAGAAGCUCAAGAGAAAGCAAAAGCAGAUCAAAAAAGGCAGAUGGAAGAAGAAAUAGGUAAUUUAAAGAAAGAAUUAGAAAAUUUAAAGGCUCAAGAGAAUAAUGCAGACUUCAGAUCUGUUUCUGCUCCACUUGAUUCAAAAGAAAGCAAUACAAAGAAUAAUGAUGACUUUAAUAUAGAUGAUAUUUUACGUCAACGUGAUUUUUCUUUGCAAACAAGACCUGUAUCCAGGUUGGAUCCUGGGUUAUUCUUUGAAUCAUCAGAACCAUUAUCAUCUGUUAGUGAUAACGCAUAUUCAAGCGGAAGAGUGCAACUUAGACAAGAGGAUAUUAGUGAAAAACUGAAGACAGAAAAAAUGAUUCUGGAGACAAUCAGGAGGUCUAAAUUUUUGGGUUCCACCUUUGAUAUUAAUCGUGAAUUAAGAACUGCUAGUACUAAACUUCAACGCCCACCUACUGUGCAACCACCAGUGUUACCUUCAGCUAGACCUCCUUUGGUAGAUAUUCAGGAAAAUGAACCAUUACCUGGAAAUGCUGUUGCUAUUGCUCCAUUACGAUCAUAUGAUGAUCAAAGAGAAGUAAGAAAAAUUUCUGACAUUAAGAUUCCUCAAUUUACGAGGAAGUCAAGACAUUUCAGUGAAUCUAAUAAAAGACUAUCUGUAUUAUCCUUAUAUUCCACAAAACAAUCCUAUACAAAUCUUGCAGAUAUUGUGAAGAACGGCGAUUAUAAUGCUGAGACUAUAAAUAAGGGCAAGAAUUAUGGUUAUUUGGUGAAUAAUCAAGAAGAUUCAGAAUUUAAUUUUGAAUCUAUUAUUGAUGAUGAGAAUAGCAAGGAAAGUGCUGACAAUAAAUUAUAUGAAGUUGAUGAGUUACCUGAACUAUCCGAAAAGAAAAAAGCUUUAAAGUUAAAUUUAGCAGAUAGAUAUAGUCAAAAAGAGAAAACACCACUCUCUGAACCAGAAGAAGAGUCAGAAAAGAUUGAAUUGCCAGUUUUGCCUCCAUUAGAUUCCAAGAAUGCUGGAUUGGGUAUUUAUCAAGAGAUUGAAGAGGUUAAGAAAAUUGACGUUCAAGAAGAAGAAGACAACAAUGAGUUAACAAAAGAGAAAACCAUAUCAUCCAAGAAUAACGACGAAAGGGUUGAAGAAAAAUUAAGGGAAGAAAAUAUUAGAGAUGCACCCAAACCAUCCUCUAAGGAAUCUACAACAUUAACUGAACAGGAUAAAAAUGAAAAAAUUAAUGUUCCUAAACAAAGAAAUUCUAAGAUGACAGAACAAAAACCAAGACAAGACUCUCAAGGUGCCACUAAUUUCUUUAGAAAAUUGUCCGGUGGUAUAAGUCAAACUAAUAAUGUUAAAUCAUCUAAUGGUAGUGGGCUUGUUACAUUGAAUACCACAGUCUCAGCAAACCAAUUAUAUCAGGGUUUAUAUAAUCUUUUAAGAGGAUGGGCAACAUACGGUAUCAAAGGUCUUAAAGGCAACAGUGAAACUAGAGUAAUUACUGGUAAAUUAUCUAGUGAUAAUAUUCUUUCGUUAAGGUCUACAGUGUUUAGGAUUUCUAUUACUGGGAAUGGUAAACAUAGUCGGGUUCAAAUCGAGAAGAAAUCUGGUUCAUCCAAAGCUGUUAGACGAUUAAUCGGAGAAAUUGAAAAUAUUUUAACGAAGGAAGGUGUUUUACAAAAGUAA